AUGGCAAGCCUUGCAGUGUCGUCGCCUACUGGCGCCAAGCCUGCUACCGAGACUCCCGACGCCGGAAACACGGGCAAGGAGAUUGGGGAGAGCGCCGGUGUUUUGGGCGACAAAAUUGCUAAACGUAACGGAGGCGAAAUUGCAGACGCGUCUCUUGGACUCGCUGGCAGCAUCCUCGAUACAAUCUUUGGUAAAGGCAAGAAGGAGGCCAGAGAGGCCUUUGUUACCGUUCCUAAGCCAGAGGCCAUCUAA